AUGGCUACUCUCGCCGGCAAAGCAGUCGGCCAAAACGGCCUUGGGCUAAUGCGUAUGACGUUGCCAGGAUCAGUGCUGCCAGAUGAUGAAGCCUUUGUAGUGCUGAAGGCGGCUCUCGAUGCGGGCGUCAACGUUUGGAACGGCGCGGAUUUCUAUGGCACGCCGGAACACAACUCUCUGCAUCUACUUGCGCGCUACUUUGCUGCAUACCCCGAUGAUGCAGAUAGAGUGGUUAUCUGUAUUAAGAGUGGCAUAGUCGAUAUGCGGACGCUCAGCAUUGACGGUUCCCCAAAGAUGGUCCGACACUUUGCGGCAGAAGCCAACAAGAUCCUGGGCGGCCACAAGAAGAUUGAUGUUUUCGGCAUGGCCCGUGUCGACCGGAAGGUGCCAAUUGAGGAAACUGUGCAGGCCUUGGCUGAGCUCGUGGCCGCAGGCGAAAUCGGCGGCAUCCAACUGAGCGAGGUUGGGGGAGACACCAUCCGUCGAGCAGCUGCCGUGGCCAAGAUCGACAUGGUCGAAGACGAGGUCAGCCUGUGGGCAACUGAAGUAUUCAGCAAUGGCGUGACAACCACUUGUGCCGAACUGGGGAUUCCUAUUGUUGCCCACACGCCACUGGGGGCUGGCAUGCUCACAGGCCAACUCAAAAGUCUCAACGAUCUACCCUCUGGACAUUAUCCUCGCGUGUUCCCACGCUUCCAGCCGGCGAACUUCGAGAAGAAUCUAGGCCUGGUAGCCGAGCUGGAGAAACUGGCGAAGAUCAAACGAGUUACGCCAGCGCAGCUUGCUCUUUCGUGGUUGAAGCUGCAAAGCCAGAGGCCUGGAGUGCCUUUGAUCAUUCCAAUCGCCGGAGCCAGAUCGAAGGCGAGGGUGCAAGAGAAUGCCGAGACCGUUCAUCUGACUGGAGAGGACUUGAAAUCAAUUUCGACCAUCCUGAAUAGCUUUCCUGUGCAUGGUGACAGAUACCCUGCAGCGGGAAUGGAGUUGGUCGAGUUUUAG